AUGCAAGGCGGCUUAGGAGAGGAUAGUUACCAUCAGAAUUCAUCCCUUCAGGCUCAGAGCUUCAAGAAUGUCCAGCCCACAAUCAAGGAAAUCAUGGCAAACAAUACACUCUUGCUUGAUCCAUCCUUGAAAGUGAUCAGAAUUGCGGACUUGGGCUGCUCAAACACAAUCCACGCCAUAGACUUUGUCGCUCGAGAGAUCAUCCAGCUGAGAGAUCAAAAGCUUCCCUUUUCUUCUUCUUCGUCUUUGGAAAUCCAAGCCAUUUUCUCGGAUACCACUGCCAAUGACUUCAACACGCUCUUUUCUAAAGUUCCACAUCUCCAAGGCGAGCCAUACUUCUUCAGUGGAGUUCCCGGAUCAUUCUAUCACAGACUCUUUCCUCGCUCCUCCAUCCACUUUGCAAUGACAAGCCAUGCAUUGCACUACAUCUCCAAGAUUCCCGAUGAAAUCAUUGAUAGAAACUCCACAGCCUGGAACAAAGAUACCAUGGUUAUCGAUCGGUUCUCUCCACCAGCAGCACUCGAGGCCUUUGCUCGGCAAGCUAGCGAUGAUUUCUCAAACUUUCUCCAGCACCGAGCUCAAGAAGUUGUGAGUGGAGGCAUCCUUGUUACCAUGUUUCCCAUUCGACUCACUCAAGAGUUGAUCACAGUUGAUCUUACUCUUGCCCUUGAAGCAUCAUGGAAGGAUCUCAUACAAGAGGAGCUCUUGAGCCAGGAAAGUUUGGACACCUUCAAUCUCCCAAUAUAUGUUCGCAGCAUGGAAGAAAUCCAGGAAGCACUAGAACCAGUAAAGGAGUAUUUCAAAGUGAUUUACUCAGCAAAUUUCACAUAUCCUCAGCCAGAUCCCAAAUCCUGGAAUGCUACUGCAGUAGUGAAGAAGUGGAAAGCAGUGUUAGGGCGUGCAAUUGGGCAGCACAUUGGCAACGAAGAAUUGGUUGAGCUCAUGUUUAAGAGAAUGGUGGCAAAGAUCACGACCUUGACCAUUCCCUUUGAAGUUAUAUUGCUUGUUCUCCAAAGGACUGAAUUAUAA